AUGUUCGUACCACAGUGGCCGAGUAGGAAGCGCGAAAGAGAUGAUGAGGAUGAACUAAGUACUUCAGGUUUUGGGGCUCACAGAACUAAACGUCAUCUAGCGAACCUACCGCAUCGAUCUUUACCACAUGCCAAACGUCAGAUUGCACCCGCUUUUGCGCUCAAUCAUUACACACCAGCACCUCCCACAAUCACUCCCGCAGACUCAAACUCGGAGAGAACUCCCGCCAUUGCAGAGCCGACGAAUUCUCACUAUUCAUGGACCUCAUCGCCGCUAAUAACGGCCACACAACCGCAUGAUGACGAACAAAUGAACAACAGCGAAACCUCAUUUUCAAGUCAAAUGUCGGAAGGGCCAACUUAUUCGGAUGAUUUCGAUAUGACCGAUAGUGGCAUGCAUCUAGCUCCCGGUCCGUUCCAGCCAGAUUCCUCUCUUAGCUUAGCCAACCGAAUUCCUACCCCAAUUCAUAGUUCCUUCUCAGCUUAUCCCCGACUUGAUAAACCACUCCACUCCAUUCUCUCCGAACCAAAUCUCACCGAUGACGCAUUCAUCGAUCGCUUUCGUCGCGGUCGACGCCUACCCAGCCCCAUUAGCGAAGGCGAAAUGAGCCCUAGUGUCAUUGUCAACGGCAUCAACGAUAUGCAAAUGGAAGUUGAACCCUCUUUUCCCUCUCCCGAAUUUGAGAAAGAAACUCCGACUCCGCACAAGAAAGGCCAUACUCGUUCAAAACAUAGUUUGCGGAACUGGAAUGGAUCCACUGGGGAGCUCAUGGGAAAUUUAGACGGUGUGGGGACAAAGAAGAGCUUCAGUAUGGGGUAUAGGGCGGAUUGUGACAAGUGUCGGAACAAAGUUCCGGGACACUUUAGUCACAUUAUUACGUAUUGA